GUGUUUUUUGAUGUAUAUAAAUGAGUACCAUUCUGAUACUUGUUCACUCUCAAGUGAAGAAAAGAGAAUACAAGUUGGAACAAAAAUGAAGGUGAGUACAAUUGAGAGUGGUGAAAUUUCAAAAGGAGCAUCAUCCCCAAGAAAAGGGAUGAAGAGAGGGCUCUCAAUAAUGGAUUUUAUUUUGAGAAUUUUUGCAGCUAUGAGCACACUUGGAAGUGCAUUGAGUAUGGGAACAGCAAAGCAAACUAUGCCUUUUGCUACACGUUUUGUUAGAUUCAAAGUUUCAUUUCAUGACCUUCCAACAUUUUUGUUUUUUGUGACUGCCAAUUCUAUUGUAUGUGGCUACUUAGCUCUUUCACUUGUCCUGUCAUUCUUCCACAUUGUAAGGACUAUUUCAGUCAAAAGUAGGAUUCUCUUGGUCUUUCUUGAUACGGUUAUGUUUGGUCUUCUUACAUCUGGAGCCUCAGCAGCAGCUGCCAUUGUUUAUGUAGCUCACUAUGGAAAUCCCAGUGCCAAUUGGUUUCCUUUCUGCCAACAAUACAACUCCUUCUGCGGACGCAUUUCGGGUUCACUCGUUGGCUCUUUCAUUGCAGUUGUUAUAUUCAUGAUACUUAUUCUCAUGUCAGGAAUAUCAAUAAGCAAAAGCAAGCAUUGAAAUAGUGGAGACAUGGAAAUGUAUAUAGUGGUGUGGUGUGUAUAGCCUUGUAUAAUUUGUUUGUCUAGCCUUCCCUUUAGGCUUUGUUGGUAGCUUUAAGAUUUCGAUACAAAAUCCGAGUGUGAUUGUUGCGUGCGUGCGGAGAAUACCGGUUUACUCUUGAACGUGUAAAGGAAAUAACUUGUCUAUUUCAUUUUUUUUUUCAAGAGAAUGAAUGCUUCAGUAAUCACAGAUUAUUAUAUUAAGGGAAAUGUUAACUAGUGCGUCCAGGACACCCUUUAAGACCUUUAAAUAGUAUUUUUUUUUUUUAAA